AUGACACCAGAGAGGAGUCCACGACGCUCUGAUGAUGACUGCUCUGCCAAGAGGAGGCUGAACUUGGGCGACCCCCAGGUUGGAGGACCCGAGGAUGGGACCAGCCAGCCAAACCAAGAGCGUCAGGAGGGGUUGCYCGAGGWGYAGGCAUUAACGACCCCUGAGCCAUUCCAAAAGCAGUUCGCGGUCUUGGAAGACAAGGAGUCCGACGAAGUGCCCCUUGUCAGAGACCCGAAAAAGGGGAAGGGCCCAACGGAAAGCGAUACCGAGGAGUCAACGAACAGUGUAGGGAGCAAGUUGCGGAUAGGUGGAAAUACCAGGCAACGAACCCGAAUUUUCGACCCUCGAAAGACGAAAAAGCAACAUAAAUCCCCGGCACCAAAUGGGGGCAAGAGCGACCAUGAUGACAGAAACUCUGAACCGAUAAGUCUCGACAAAGGCAAACCGGCAGAUCGGCCAGAGUCCUCGGAGAAGCGACAUAGCCACAAGGAGAAGGGAUUCGACCUCGAAGAACUACUGGAUCAAGCCGACUCACCAUUCACGGAGGAAAUCAUGAGAGAAAAGGUCCCUCCAAAAUUCAAGCUACCCACGGUGAAGCAAUUCGACSGGACGACCGACCCAGUGGACCAUCUAGAUGCUUAUCGGGAAUGGAUGGAUAUCUACGGAGUGUCGGAAGCGGUCAGGUGCCGGGUAUUCUCGACUACUUUAAACGGGUCGGCCAGAAUAUGGUUUCGACAAUUAAAACGAGGGUCGAUCUCGAGUUUCAAGAGCUUGGCCAGAGCAUUCGUGACCCAGUUUGUAGGGGGGCGGUGUCGGAGCCGACCCGUGGCUUAUCUCUUAACCAUUAAGCAGAGGACGACAGAGAGUCUACGCGACUAUGUAGCCCGGUUCAACGAGGAGAAGCUGCAGGUAGAAGGCCUUACAGACGCUGUAUCUCUGCUGGCCUUCAUGUCCGGCGUCAGGGAUGAACAUUUGUCAUUCUCGUUCGGAAAGAGAACACCGAACACCUUCUCGGAGGCGCUGAGCCGAGCUCAGAGGUACAUGAGCGCUGGUGAGUUCUUUUACUCAAAAAGGGAACCUGACGGAAAGCGAACCGACCCAAAGAGGGAGAGGUCGGGAGAUAAACCGCAAGGGUCGAGAUGGGAGAAGAGGGAUCGGAGUAGCCAGAAAGAUCCACCCCGAAAAUUUGAAAAGUAUACCCCGACCACCGUUCCAAUCGAGCAAGUGCUGAUGGAGAUCAAAGACCAAAGGUUGCUUAAAUGGCCGGAGAGGAUGAAGGCCUCGUCAGCUAAGCGCAGCAAAGGCAGGUAUUGUCUUUUCCACAGGGAUCACGGCCAUGCAACUCAGGAUUGUUUUGAUCUCAAGGAAGAGGUGGAAGGACUAAUCCGAAGGGGCUACCUCAAGGAGUAUGUAGAGGAACCUAAAGCGACCCAGAACGGCGAAAGCGACAAGUCUCCCGCAAGAGAGAUUCGAACUAUAAUGGGGGGCCCCAUAGAAAGAGAAUCUGGGAGAAAAAGGAAAGCAGAUGUGCGUGAAGCUAGGACGAGUCGCGAGCAAAAUGAGGUCUACCACGCGUAUACUACAAACCGGCCGGUGACAAUUGAAUUUUCGGAAGACGAAGCAACUCACCUCCUUCACCCUCAUAACGAUGCACUUGUUAUCASGUUGAAGAUAGCAAAUGUUAAAGUACAUCGAGUCUUGGUGGAUGGRGGCAGCUCGGCGGAUAUCMUCUCMUGGACAGCCUAYAAAGCUAUGGAUCUAGRAGAAAAGGUGCUCAAGMGUAGUCCRGCACCACUGGUAGGAUUUGGGGSAGAACGGGUCAUCCCCGAAGGGAGGAUAGAGUUGCCAGUAACAUUCGGAACCUUAGAGGUAAGGGCAUCUAAAACUAGCGACAUUUCACAUUAUCCUCCUGCUAACUUAAGCAUCGGAGCCCGUGUGACUAGAGUCGCACCAGUUUAG